AUGCGAGGAAGCGACGCGCCUCCAAUUGAGGCUCAGCGACGGGCCAAGAAUCGACAAGCUGCAGUCGCAGAGGCGGCCAGGACUCGCUCGGAUUCUGCGUCAAAGGUCCCCUUUCCCUUUCCUGCUCCGCUCUCAAUCUCUCUCUCUUUCUCUCCGCCGGGUCGGACGGGCGUUGAUGGCUGGACCUGGGGGACCUCUUGGGCUUGGCCUUUUUUCGCUGGCUGGCGGACGGAGCGACGGCACAAGGACGUAAAAGCGCCCGGACACGGAAGCGGUGCGCCGGGCUGGCAGAAGGACGGAGCCAAUGUUCUGCACCGUCAAACGUCAAGCUGGCAGAUGACGUCGCAAGUCGGCGAGCGAGAUUCGUCUCAACUGGCGAGCGAAGCAAUUGACCUCGAAGCCUGGCUGCGUCGAGGCUGGAUCGAGGUUGGACGAUUUAGCCCAGCUCCGUUGAAUGGGCGAAUGGAUGGCCCGAGAUGGAGGGUGGGCCGGGCCUAG